CGGGUCAACUCGGGUCAAGGUCAGAUAAACACUAGUGGUGUUUUUCAUUCAAAAGACCAAGAUCAUAGGAAGGACGCCGGUAUAAACUUGAAGACUACAUUACAGCAUCGAAUCGUCACUCAAACACUACAAUAUCAAGGAAGUGUUUGCUCCAGGAUCUAAGUGGACUAUGAAAUGAAGAUAAUAAGUUAAAACAAGUAAACGUGUGCUGCAUUAUCUACAAGUCAGAUAGAUUUGUACCUCCAAGUAUACUAGUCAGACGUUUACACAACACAGCAAGACAUCCUAGUCGAGAGCUGAGCUGUCUUGCCAAAUAAUUCACAGAAAACAGUUUUACAAUCAUCAUAUUCAAUAAAGAUGGAACCAGCAGCAAAAAGACGUCGAAAGGAUUGGAGCAUUCCUGUCUCUACAAUUGCCAAGAACACAUUUAAUCCUAUCCGAAGUAUCGUGGAUUCCAUGAAGAUAACACCACAUCCUGAAAAGGAUAUGAUUGCCCUUUCUAUAGGUGACCCAACUGUAUUUGGUAACUUGCCACUGGACAAGAAUAUAGAGGACGCUGUGAUCAAAUCUGUAAAGGCUGGCAAAUACAAUGGUUACAACCCGUCCAUAGGCUAUGAAGAGUCAAGAGCAGCUGUUGCAGAAUACUCGAGUACUGCAGAGGUCACUGUCACCUCCAAGGAUGUGAUUUUAACGAACGGCUGUUCCUCGGCCCUGGAGAUGUGUAUCACUGUGCUGGCCAAUGCGGGCAGUAAUAUACUUCUGCCUCGGCCUGGCUUCUCUAUCUACAAAACUCUGGCCGAAGCCAUCGGUAUAGAGGUCCGCCUCUACAAUCUUCAGCCAGAAAAGUCUUGGGAGAUUGAUCUAGACCAUCUACGUUCCCUAGUUGAUAAAAAGACUGCAGCCAUCGUGGUGAACAGCCCAUCUAAUCCAUGUGGGUCUGUGUACAGCAAAAAACACAUCCUAGAUAUUCUGGCUGUUGCUGAAGAUUGUCGUCUUCCAAUUAUCUCAGAUGAAAUCUAUGAACAUUUUGUGUUCUCCAGCAGUGUGUACCAUUCCCUGGGAUCUCUGUCCAAGAAUGUACCCAUCUUGUCCUGCAGUGGCCUCACCAAAAGAUUCCUGGUACCGGGAUGGCGACUGGGGUGGAUUAUCAUCCAUGACAGGAAUGAUUCUCUCGAGGCAGUGAGAAAGGGCUUGCUGAGUCUAUCUCAGAGAAUCCUCGGCCCCAACUCUCUAGUACAAGCUGCAGUACCAGACAUCUUGACCAAGACACCACAGACAUUCUUUGAUGACAUCAUUGGAUAUGUGGAGAGUAAUGCAGAGUUGUUCUACAAGAAGGUCUCCAAAAUACCUGGUCUGAAACCUGUCAAACCAAAUGGUGCUAUGUAUAUGAUGAUUGGCAUCGACAAGGACAACUUUCAGGGUGUAAGGGAUGACAUUGAUUUUACAGAGAAGAUGGUGAAAGAGCAGAGUGUGUUUUGCUUACCUGGACAGUGCUUCCAGUAUCCCAAUUUCUUCCGUGUGGUGUUGACUAUCCCCACAGCCAAGCUGGAGGAAGCCUGCCAAAGGAUCACAACAUUCUGUAAGGACCAUUACAAGCCCCCUGGCAAGGCCAAAGGUAGAUCAAAAAGGCAAAUCCACUGAACUAGAUUCAAAAUCAAAUUUACAGAUUGCUAAAUUUGCAUUUUAAGCAUACACUCCUGUUCUCCAAUGAGCCUCACCAGAGAUGUUGAGGAUCUAUUCUUGUAUUGACCUUUCGAAAUCUUAGGACAGACUUAAUGGCUACUGAGUCUGUAGCUCAUACUCUGUUAUAAGGAUUAGUGAUGUGACAUGCCAAGGUACAACAGUAGGUAGAAAUGGUGACAUGCCAAGCUUAUCUACAACAGUGGGUAGUAAUGAGUUGCGAAUUCUGUUUAAGUGGAAAUUUUCGUUAUGUGGGGAUUCUUGUGUUUUUUUGCGUUGAGUAAAUUAGUGUUAAAAGAUCCACGCAUGAAUGUUGAUACGAGUGUAUAUGAAAAGUUCAAAAAUCAGAACUCAUAGAUCUGUAACGCUUUAAUGUAUAUAUAUAUAUAUAUCAGAACUAUUGCUGGAGCAAAGAUCAUAUAAAGUGUCAAAACAUGAACCCGCGAAAGUUCCCACUUUCUCUGUAAGCAAUCAUGAUUUUCAUGAUGAUCGUGAUUUUACAUCCCCCACAACAUAUUAAGUAUAUGAUAUCAUAUCAAUGUGAUUUUCCUGGUGAUUUUCAUGUCUUUCACGUUUGAACUUUCCAAAGUGAAUUUACAAUGCAACACGUGUACAUUUGAUACAUGAUAUACGGAUGCAAAUUGUUUUUCAAAGUACAUUGUAAUAUGAUGUCUCUGUUAUCAAUGAAAGCUUUAACAUAUGUGUAUAUGACUUGUUUGUUACUUUUACGUUAAGAUGAGAGGAGUACUCUGAAAUGAUAAUGAGUAUAAUAAAGUUGUUGAUUUGCUUACUCUUAGGUAUAUUCUUUUUAAACAUAUUCAUUACUGAUAUUGUCAAAGAAGUUAUAAGUUCUUUGAAAUUUUGUAUAAAGUAACAAUCGAUUCAGUUCAAAAUCUUCCUUAGGAGUUAAUGAAAUCCCAUGAACAUUUUGAUCCUCAAUUACAGCAUUCAACAAUAUAGGAAAUCUGUGCAAUCUUAGUUACAAAAGGCGUUAGUGACUGAAUAGGGGAUCAAUAUCCUGUGGGUUGUGAUAAAAACUUUAAUCCAAAAUACUUUUUACUCGCACCAUACUAGGUGUAAUAAACUUUAUCAUGAAUUCAUUUUUGAUUUUUUGACAAAUAGACAAUGCCAACAAUUUUCUUUUGAUAGCUAUAGUUCUCCUAUCAGACCCGUGUCAUCUACCAAUAUGACCAGCAGUACUCUCAACUAGAGAUUGGUAGAUCGUUCCUGAGAUAUACCUAGUUGUUGUUGUUGUUAUUCCCCUGUGUACAUCGGUACAUAAUUACACUUGCGCCAUUGUUUGUUCCCCCCCCCCACUCCUUCCUAACGCAUAGUUGAUGCAGGUUGCAAGUACUAGCCUCGCCUGUCAGUAUAAAAAAUACCCAACACAUAUGUUUGUAUCUUCUGUCAGUUCUAAAGCAAAGAAAUGACAGGAUUUUGACAUUGCCAUUUGAAAGACAAUGCCAACAAAAGUUGUGACGCGUGAGUGACAAGUGUACGUGUGUAUGUAAGAGUGUUCUACUCAAAAUAUUUAAUGACAGGUUACUUGGUGCAAAAAUAAGAGUAGGAAUGUAUUUACAAUUGUGGUAAUUCAUGUUUCUGUUUAUUGAUAACAGUGAUUACUGUGAAAGUGAAAAUUAUUGCAGUGUAAAAAUGCUUGCAAUAUCUACAUGCGAGUUUAGAACUAUGCCAAUGCGAAAAUAUCUACACUGUGAUCACAUUAAAGUGUCACAAAGCGAGCAUUUCCGCAUGCAGGAAUUUCAACUUUUAAAAUAAAAAUAAAUUAAAACUAUUAAUUAUAUAUGAUAACAGUAUUGUUUAUAUCAGUUACAACCCUAUUAACACCUUUAUUGUGAUAACAAUGAUGAAAUACCAGUUUGUUAUGUUUUACAUGUACUACUGAUACCCUAUAUUUGAUUUGGUUUUCUGGACACAUCUUUUUUUGAGUGUUUUAAUUUCUUCCAGUGUGUAGUAUUUUACGUGAUAUUUUAUAGGAAAUGGAAUAGAGUGUUAUUGUGUAUUAUUUUGUACGUGGGUUCAAUUGAAAGUUAGUGGGCCAUGUUACCUUCAGUAUUACCAUUUCCAUAUUUGUCAAGUGAUAAAUGUUUUGAGCGAUGUUAGACAAUCCUGCAAUAGUAUUGUUGGUAGGCAAUUGUUUGUGUUAACUGUCACUUAGACAUCAGCUUUGUUUAUCAGGGUCUGGGUAUAGCACCCAUCACUAGCUGUGACAAUAAAUCAACUUUCAACAGUGUUGUUUUUCACGUUAUGUUGUUUGAAUAAAGUGAAUAAUUCUUCAGCUGCAAGAAAAAUAAAAAUUUUAUUGGAUGAAAAAAGAAGUUAACCCUUUCAACACUGUAGACCACGAUGGACUCAUC